UAGCCAUCAGUGCAGCUGUUGUUGGAGCUGUCUCUUUUUAUGUUCAAUUUAUUAUAAUUAAAUUUGAUUAUUUGAUUUGUGCGCCGCCUUCUAUAGAUACUGAGUGGCGGGAGUGUCCGAUACGUGCUAAGUGAAGGUGAUUUUCGUUGUGUGUUGACUGGAAGAACAGUUCUUCCUCCGUAUGACCUGGACCAAUGGGUUUGUCCACUGGGAAACGUCACGACGUUUAAUCGCUAUGAAAAUAUUGAUUGCAGCAACGUCGAUCAUUCGAUAAGCUUAACAGUGGAGCUAUAAAAAGGUUGAAACCUGAUAAGCCGCUCAGCGGCCAAUUGUUGCAGGAGAUAAAGGUAGGAUCGGCAAUCAAACAACAUGAGCACCGAGAGCUCGGAUAAAGCGAAUUCAGUCGGUGCAAUGGAUUCGAGCAGUGGAGCUAGCAAAGUAUGUAGCGUUUGUGGGGACAAGGCGUUGGGCUAUAAUUUCAACGCAAUGACCUGCGAAAGCUGCAAAGCGUUUUUUCGACGCAACGCUCUUUCAACCAAAAGUUUCACUUGUCCGUUUAGCGAGAGUUGCGAAAUUACGGUUGUAACCAGGCGCUUCUGCCAGAAGUGUCGGCUAGAUAAGUGUUUUCAAAUCGGAAUGAAAAAGGAAUACAUUAUGUCGGAGGAGGAUAAGGCAUUGAAGAGACGAAAGAUUGAGCAGAAUAGAGCGAAGAAGCGAAUGAUAAACGGUAGCGGUGGUAGUAGUGGCAGCGGAGGGGGAAAUUCAAAUGAUGGACUAGCAGUUCCUGCUGGAGAUGGCGGGGGAAUAGCCGAUUCAGAUUUGCCAAUGAAAAUAAAACGAGAGGGUAGUGAUUCUGACUGCUGGAGCAAUUCUCCAUCGGACUUUAUGGCGGCUGAAAUGCUACACAGAAACACUGGAUUAGCGGUGCCGAAUACGAAUGUGUUCAAUGGUAUAUCAUCAGUGAAUGAAAUCAGCAAUUCAUCAAUUUCAUCGCAGAAUAAUUUACACGCGAAUCAAACGAUGGACGGGGACCUCUUAUCAGCAAUAUCAGUGUUGCCACCACAGUCCAAUGAUUCCUUAACAGCGAAACCAGCUCAAAAUAACAAUGAGCAAUCGCUGCCGGUGCUAUCGCUUGAAUCAAGUGCCACAGACAUUGUAAAUCGCAUCGUAAACUAUCCCACGCAUGCCAGCCAAACGAUUGCCUCUUUGAUGAAAACCCCAAAAGAUGCUGUUUAUAUUAUGUCCAAAGUCAUCAACUCGCAGUGUGACGCAUUAAAAUUGAUAUCACAUUUUAUCACGGCACCUGGCGAUGCGUUACAAAUUAUCAGUAAGAUAAUGAAUUCCCCGCUAGACGCCUUGACAGUAUUCGCGCAAUUCAUGAGCUCCCCGACUGAUGCGUUGCAAAUAAUUGGUAAAAUUAUGAGCUCCCCAGCAGAAGUGUUGCAUUUUAUGCAACAGUUGAUGAAUCAACCGGAGGACGCCGUCCAAAUUAUGAAUAAAUUUAUGAACGCUCCAGCAGAAGCCUUGCAGAUGAUAAACAAAAUGAUGAAUCAUUCGGAUGUGAUUGAAACUAUCAAGGAAGCAGCCGAUACGUCUUCGUCGCUACAGGAAAACGAUGAAGAUCCGCGCCUAGAGACCAUUCGAUCUCUUAUCCUAGAGUCGCAAUCUUCGAUACCAGUUGGACCUACAGAAACAGCGUCACCGUCAUCUACGUCACAGAUCUGUGAACCGUCGCUAUCCCCUCUACCGUUUGAUCCGUUUCUGCUAAAUUCAACACCGGAUGUGACCAACGGCGAUCAACGGCCUAGUUCCGUGCAAAACCUGCAGCAAGAACAACUGGACACCGAUUUGUUUCAAGAUAUCGAGGGACGAACGAUACUGCCGAACACGUUGGAGUCAAUUCUGAUGCAAGCAAUACGACUCGAGUACGAAGGCUACAAUGGAAGUUCGCUAGGUUCGGCCGGGUCCGGAACUUCAACGGUCGGCCAGCAGCAUCAGCAUCCGGCGAUCAGUGGCAACAGCAUCGAACUGAAUGAUGCCGAGCGGGCCAAGCUAAAUGAGCUCAUCGUGGCAAACAAGGCACUCUAUGCUCCCGUGGAUGAAGAUCUCGCCUCGCUGAUUUCCGACGAUUGCCGAAUCAAGUCCAAUCAAAACCAACAUGACCCGCUGCUGCUUAAAGUGAUUAAUCUGACGGCGAUCGCAAUCCGGCGAUUGAUCAAGAUGUCCAAGAAGAUCAGUGCAUUUAAGAACAUGUGCCAGGAAGACCAACUGGCUUUGCUGAAGGCCGGCUGUACGGAGAUGAUGAUUCUCAGGUCGGCAAUGCAAUAUGACUGUGAUAGAGCUAGCUGGAAAAUCCCCCACAGACAAGAGGAAAUGUCCAACAUCCGCGCUGAUGUGUUGAAGCUGGCGAAGGGUAACGUAUAUCAGGAGCAUGAGCGUUUUAUCCGUACUUUCGACAAGAAGUGGCGUUCCGAUGAAAACAUCAUCCUAAUAAUGUGUGCCAUAACGCUGUUCACGCCUGAUCGGCCAAAAACGGUACAUUCCGAUGUGAUAAAACUGGAACAGAACUCGUACUAUUAUCUGUUGCGUCGUUACCUAGAGAGCAUUUAUCCGGGCUGUGAGGCUCGUUCCAUAUUCCUAAAAUUGAUGCAGAAAAUUUCCGAACUUCACCGAUUGAAUGACGAAAUCAUUAGUGUCUAUCUGGAUGUGAAUCCUGCCCAGGUUGAGCCCUUAUUGCGAGAGAUAUUCGAUUUGAAGGUACAGGUACACUAGGAGGCUAAUGGAACGCGACGGGCGGGGGGCAGUACGAAGGCAUCACAAAGUGCGGUUGUUUAAUAGUUGAUUCUAGUGAAAAUGACUCUAGUUCGCUAUAGGUUAUAAUUUUUUAGGUUCUAAUGAAUGUUAUCAAGAAGCUUUAUUGAAAUUAGAGAGUUUAUGUAUUUAUGGAGAACAAUGCAUAUUUUACAGCAUAGUGAUACUAGAAACAGAAGUACUAUUGUUAGUUUAAACUAAUGUAAAG